AUCCAUCAACUAAAUUUCCCAGAAUCUCUGGUAGUAGAAAAAUACUAGUAAGCCAGUAAAAAACAACCCCCACAAAACCCAAAAAUUACCCAAUCAAGCCCCUAUAAGACCAAGACUAACACCAAAUCCCAAACUUUCUUUCUCUUCUCCAACUUCCUCUGAUUACAGCCCAUUCCCAGUUCCUCUCCCAUAUCUGGGAAUUGGAUAAACCUCUGCUCCAACUCAACCAACCAAACCAAACCAAACAGACCUAGAAACAAGAACACUUGCAAACCAAACAGACCCAGAAACAAGAACACACUUCCAACUUCCAAGUCACAACUAUGUUAAGUUUCUGAAACUAGUUUGGAGAUUUCGCUAUGUUGAGCUCCACUUGCUCUCACGCCCUUCUCCACCGCCCUUUCCUCCCCUCCUCCAUCCCCAGAGCUAAGGCUCCGACCCGACCCGGGGGUUUGUACCCGAUUUCCCGGAGUUUAAGGAUCUCCGAAUCUCAUUCCAGGCCCUUCAGCACUAGAUGGAGGAAAAUUUCAUGCUUUAGGCAAGAGGAGUUUUCUUCAGAGACCCAGAAAGCUGAGUAUAUUGGACACUUGGUGCCGGAGGAAGUAGUGAAGCCGGAGUUUGAUGGUGUGAAAGAGGUCAAAAGGGACUGGGGAUUGACUCUUAAAGAGGCUGCAGAUGCAGUGUUUCGGGCAAUAGGCAGUCGGUGGACUGUACCAUGGACAGCAGAAACCAUAUUGCAGGUUAUGCUACUCUGGGUUGUUGCUUUCUGGUUCAUAGGUUCUUGGAUGGUUCCGUUUGCAGCUCACCUGGCAGGUUUCAACAGGGAAUCAUUAACAUUUAGAGGCCAGGCCUUAUUCAGCCUAGUGACUGAUGUAACUGAAGGUCUUGCUGGCAUUAUGAUCCUUCACCGCUGCUUAUCUCGUUUCCGUCCACUUCCUCCAGAUUGGUUUAAAUUUAGCUUGAAAGGAACAUGGCAGAUAGAUGUUGUGCUAGGAUGCCUCAUGUUUCCCCUCGUCAAUCGGCUAUCACUAUUCAACCUCAAUCUAUUACCACUCUUGCCAUCCACCCCUGUCACGAUAUCAAGUGUUGAGCAAUCAAUUUUGGCACGUGAUCCAGUGGCAAUGGCACUGUAUGCUAUAGUAGUUUCAGUGUGUGCGCCCGUGUGGGAGGAGAUAGUCUUUAGGGGUUUUCUACUCCCUUCAUUGACCAAGUACAUGCCCGUGUGGUCUGCAAUUUUGGUGAGCGCCGUUGUCUUUGCUUUAGCACACUUCAAUGUACAGAGGAUGCUACCGCUUGUUUUCCUUGGGGUGGUGAUGGGUGUUAUAUUUGCACGGUCAAGGAAUCUAUUACCAUCGAUGCUGUUGCACAGCCUUUGGAAUGGCUUUGUAUUUUUAGACUUAAUGAAAUAAACCCAACACUUGUACUUGUGAUUCCUUCCGCCAAACCAUCCAGAAAGAAGUCUCCAAGUGGUCUGAGUUCUUUCCAAGGAUUUGAGGCCUUAUGCCGACUACAGGAGUAGCUGCAAGUUCUGUGCCAUUGAUGUUUUUAUAGGAAGUUUCAGCUGGAGCCAGUUGAAGUGCACUAACUUAAUGUGAAGUCACAGGGAUUAACUCUGAAAUUCAAAUCCUUUAUCAAGAGGAUCAGCAUGGUUCUUUGUUCAUAUGUAUAAUGGAUAAGGGAGUUGAAGAACGAUUCUUUGGGAAG